AUGAAUCUCAUUACGGCAAGGUACUCGCAGGUCGAUCCGAUACAUUACAGCACAAUCCUCGGAGGCGGGCAGGCGAAUGCCGGACAACUCGAGAGUGCCAUCAAAAAGUCCGUAGAUACCAUCACCUCUAACUGCAUUGGAACUUCCUCGUGGCUUCAAGCUUUUGUCGAGGGCGAGACAUGCUGGUCGGAUUACCAAGUUAUCAUCAACAACCUCCACCGCAUGUCAAAGCUCUUGAAGCUAAUCCCGGAGGGCGAGACGCCUCAGAACCGCGCAUUACGCCUCACGCGCCGCGAAGCAUACAAGAAAGCUCUGCGCGCCCAUCAAGAACACGUCCGUCUGGGGGUAGAGGCGGAAAUUCAGACAGCAGAAGAUGCGUUGGAAGACUUGUCCACGAAGGACGGCGUGACCCAAGUUGAACUCCAGGGCGCUCGGGACGAGCUCGCUUCCCUCCGCGAAGCUGAGCCAGCGGAGGUAGAAGACGAGUUUGAUGACGCGGUGAACAAGGGCGAAUCUACCCAGACCGAGCUUCAGGCGAUGCAAGAUCGUAUCCAAAACCUUAUGGAAUACGAGGGCGGCCUAACCGCUACCAACGACGGCCUACGCCGUAACCUCGCAGAAGUGCCCGCAGUCGAACCAUACUACUCACAAAUGGCAAACAACGCUAAGUGUACUUUCUGGGAGGCCAGGUGGAGCCAGGACGUAUUCUUGUCGUUUCUCUGUGAGUUCCAAGGUGUGAUGCACUACAAGUAA